AUGGAGCACAGAGAAAUAUAUCAGAAACCUCAGUCUCUCUAUCUUCAUUGCUUGUUCAUUAUGCUCCUUCAUAUCUUCAUCAACGACAUCAAGAGUAGGAUCGAGUGCACCCUCAGCAAAUUUGCAAAUGAUACCAAGGUGUCUGGUGCAGUCGAUAUACCCAAGGUAUGGGAUGCCAUCCAGAGUGACCUAGACCGUGUCAAGCAGUGGGACCAGGUGACACUACCGUAUGCUUUUCUUCACAUGAGACAGAACUUGAGAUAUUUUGAUAAAAUGAGAUGCUUGCGGAAACGAUCAGCAGUGUCAUUCUUAGGAGUCCUUGUCAUUUGCUUGCUGUUCAUGAACUUGUACAUUGAAGAUGGUUAUGUUUUGGAAGGGGACAAGCAAUUAAUCAGAGAAACAGCCACGCACCAGCUCAACCCAGAGCGCUAUGCUCACACAUACAAAGAUUUGUCUAAUUUCUCAGGAUCUAUAAACAUUUCCUAUCGCUACCUAGCUGGUACGCCUUUGCCAAGGAAAAGAUAUCUUACAAUUGGGCUAUCUUCUGUGAAACGGAAAAAAGGAAACUACUUGCUUGAGACCAUCAAGUCCAUAUUUGAGCAGUCAAGUUAUGAGGAACUUAAAGAAAUCACAGUGGUGGUACAGCUGGCAGAUUUUGAUUCAGCUUGGUGUGAAGGGAUGGUCCAGGAUAUUUCACAGAAAUUUGCACAUCACGUAAUUGCAGGUAGACUAAUAGUUAUUCACGUCCCUGAGGAGUAUUAUCCAAUACUGGAUGGUCUCAAGAGAAAUUACAAUGAUCCAGAAGACCGUGUGAAGUUUCGAUCCAAACAAAAUGUUGAUUAUGCUUUCCUGCUUAACUUCUGUGCUAAUCUUUCUGACUAUUAUGUGAUGCUAGAAGAUGACGUUCGCUGUUCAAAGAACUUUUUGACCACUGUUAAGAAAGUAAUUACCUCAAGAGAAGGAUCCUACUGGGUAACUUUGGAAUUCUCCAAACUGGGCUAUAUUGGAAAGCUUUACCAUUCCCAUGACCUCCCACGACUGGCCCAUUUUUUGUUGAUGUUUUACCAAGAAAUGCCUUGCGACUGGCUGCUGAUCCAUUUUCGUGGGCUGUUAGCUCAAAAGGAAGUGAUACGCUUUAAGCCAUCACUGUUCCAGCAUAUGGGAUACUAUUCAUCUUACAAAGGAGCUGAAAACAAACUAAAGGAUGAUGAUUUUGAAGAGGAAUCAUUUGAUAUCCCUGACAACCCACCUGCAAACUUGCACACCAAUAUGAAUGUAUUUGAAAACUAUGAAGCAAGCAAGGCUUACAGCAGUAUUGAUGAGUACUUUUGGGGCAAGCCUCCUUCUACUGGAGACUUUUAUGGGAUUGUAUUUGAAAAGCCGAUUAAAAUCAGUAAGAUUAAAGUUGUCACUGGAACUGAAGACAGGCAAAAUGACAUUUUGCGUCACGGGGCCUUGGAAGUAGGAGAGAAGAUUGUAGGGAGUAAAACUGGGAGAAAAUGUACUACGUACUUGAGACUAGGGGAAUUCAAAAAUGGGAAUUUUGAAAUGACAGAUGUAGACCACAAAGUCCUGUUUGAUAUUAGCUGCAUGAGAAUACUUGUUACCAAAAGUCAAAAAGAGUGGCUAAUCAUUAGGAGCAUUAGCAUCUGGACUUCUCAACCAUCAAAUCAAUAAAAUGAAGCUACCUGAGAAGGAACGGAUUAAAUGCAGUCAGCUGGGUCCCAACUGGUACCACUUCCCUGAUAAACUGACUUAUUGCCAACUCUUUCCUAGAGACACAGAAAAUCUGGGGAAAUAAUAAAAUUAGCAAAGCAAUUUAUUUUUUACUAGUUUGGCCAGGCAAUAUACAAGCAUUUACUUAUUGAAAAUUUUGAAUUUUAUAGGAAAUGGAAUGUUCUGAAACUUUUCUUGAGAUCUUGAAUCCUCUCUUUUUUAUUAUAAUUUCUCUUUAUAGAGAGAUCUUCUGGACUAUACAGAACAAAACAAAACAUACUAUAAUUACCAAAAUGUUUAAAGCUAAGACCAGUAUGUUGUGAACAGAAAUUGGAUUCCACCUUAUGCACAUAUAAAUUUAAGAUGUUAUGGUAGUAUGCGUUUGUAAAAUAGUUGGUGAUGUGUUUCUUUUAAAGGCAAUUGUGACAAGGAUGUCUGUCCUGAAACUGGCAAUUUUAUUCUGAGCACUGUAAGAAAAUAUUGUGGCUAGUCAUUGCAAAUUCUUUUCAAAAGGAAAUGUAUGUAAAAUUAUGAAUCUGACAUGACUACUAUGUGAAAAAUAGAUAAUUGCAUCUAUUAUUCUGUCUCAACAAAUAUCCUUUGUUCUUUUUCCUGGGUGAAAGAAAUACUACUGGUGUUCUAUAUUAUUAAGGGGAACAAUUUAAUCUCAUUCAAGCAAAAUUCCUCAUAGUAAGCAGGCAUUCUGCUUGAGUAGAGAUGUCAGUAUCAAAUCCAGGCACCCCAGAUGCAAAAUGAAGAAUCUUAA